AUGAAACCACUGUUUGCAUUAUCUAUAUUCAUAUUCAUGUACAUACAAAUACUCGACCUGGUGGCUUAGUGUCCCACUCUACCACAUUCAUGACCUCGAACAGCAAGCAGAAUGGCAUUACGACUUCUUUCCUCCCGAGGCUUCACGGCGCGACGUGGUCAGCUUCGGCCAAUUUGUGGUGGUAGUUAUGGCAGUCAACUAUGUCUUCGGACCUAUUCUUCGCCAGCCCAUCCACCCAGGAACAGCGUCACGGAAUUGCUCGAGAAGGCUCAGGCUGCCACCAAAGUUUACCUCGACUAUGUGAAGUCCCAGGGUCUCCCCGAACCAUCGUACCAACACGGCGAGGGAUUGGAUCCCAUGCGUCCGCUGCCUCGGGACGUGCAGAUCGCGAAAGAGGACGCCAUCGAGGCGACGUACGAGCUUCACCACCUCCUGCUAGGUCCGAUGGGGCUGUUGUUCACCGCACCAGGCGACCAACCACUGCUUAUGACCCUGCAAUACAUCUACCGCUACCGGCUUGCCGCACACGUUCCCUUAGAAGGUACCGUCACUUUCGAGGAGCUCUCCAAGAUCACCCAGCUCAACAUCAAGGACGUGACCCGCUUCCUGCGUGUUGCUAUCAGCCGACAUAUAUUCAACGAGCCAAAGAAGGGGGUGGUUGAGCAUACUGCCACGUCGAAGCUGCUUGUUGACAACCCUAUGAUCGAAGCCUGGCUGCUAAACAUCGCCCAAGAAUUUUGGCCCGCCUUCGCGCGCACCGUCGACGCAACGGAAAAGUGGCCGGGAUCCGAGGAACCAAAUGAAACUGGCUAUGCUCUCGCGCAUGGGACCACCUCACACCCUUUUGAUGAGAUCCGCAAACAUCCCGCCCGUCAUGAGCAGUUCAUCACCGCCAUGCGCUUCUCUCACCUCCACCCCGACUAUCACCUCACGCACCUGCUCAACAAUUACGACUUUGACCGUCGCAGGACGAAGGAUACCACCACCACCACGGUUGUCGACAUCGGUGGCUCCAACGGCGAGGUGAGCACCGCCAUUGCUGAGCGCUAUCCGGACGUUCGGUGCAUCGUGCAGGAUCUGCCCGACACGAUCGCAGGCCUGGCAGCCCGGGUGCCCGCCGCCGUGGCCGAGCGCGUCACCGGCAUGGCCCACGACUUCCUGACUCCGCAGCCCGUGUUCGGCGCUGAUGUUUACUUAUUACGCUGGAUCCUGCACGACUGGUCCGACACUUACGCCGUCAAGAUUCUUCGCAAUCUUACCCCCGCGCUCAAGCCCGGCGCUCGCGUCGUGGUCAAUGAUAUCUGUAUUCCCGAACCCGGAGUGCUAGGCCCCAAGGCCAAUCGCGAUCUACGCUAUAUGGAUAUCGCGAUGAAAUCAUUUAACAAUGCCCGUGAACGCGACGCCGAGACCUGGGAAGCUUUGUUCACCGAGGCGCAUCCUCAAUACCGGUUUCUUGGGGUGACGGUGCCUGUUGGAGCGCGGAUGGCCAUCAUUGAGGCUGAGUGGGUUGGGUGAAGAGGCGAUAUUUAAAAUGUUCCGUGCUGUCUCGUUUGUUAUGUACAGUACCGUACCAAGUAUUCCUGUUUCAAGUGAAGAAUACGGC